CUCCGCUCGGCACCCGACAGCGGGCGCCGCUGCAGCAGCUCGCCGGCGGCGGAGCGGAGCGGCUUCGCGAGUUGGGGCAGCUCCUCGCGCUCGGCCCUGCUCGGCGGCCAGAGCUCCGCCCGGGCGCCGGGUUCCCACAGCUGCUGGAGCCGGCGGGCGCCGAGGGGGCGGACCCACCUCUGCGCAGCCCGCCGGCCCCGGGCGGGCAGAGGCAGGCGAAGCGCAAGUGCCCGGCAGCGCGGAGAGCCAGGCCCGCCCGGAGCGCGCUGGAGACACCCCGAGCGCCCCGCGCCCUGGCACCAUGCGACCCGCCGCGCCUCCUCGCGGGCCCGGGGCUGCGCUCUCCGCUCGCUGAGCCCCCGCGCUCGCCACCACGGAAAGUCGAAAAGAGGAGGCGAGACAUUGGAGGGCAGCGCGGAGACGGACUAGACUUCCCCUCCGCCCCCAGGAGGUGGCGGGUUCCCGGUUCCCGGGGCUUCUCUAGCUUUAUCAUGACCCUGGCGCAAGCUUGGCUUUAAGAGAAAUUGAGAAGCGAAGAGAGUCAAGGCAAUUCUUUGGUUGCUAAGUGUGAGAGAAGACACUCAGGAUGGCUCAGGGAUCCGGGGAUCAAAGAGCAGUGGGGAUUGCUGACCCGGAGGAGAGUUCUCCGAACAUGAUAGUCUACUGCAAAAUUGAAGACAUCAUCACAAAGAUGCAAGAUGACAAGACAGGGGGUGUGCCCGUCAGAACAGUCAAGAGCUUUCUCUCCAAAAUCCCCAGUGUCGUCACAGGUACUGACAUCGUGCAGUGGCUCAUGAAGAACCUUUCCAUCGAGGACCCAGUUGAAGCAAUACACCUGGGAAGCCUGAUUGCUGCCCAGGGCUACAUCUUUCCCAUCUCGGACCACGUUCUCGCCAUGAAGGACGAUGGUACAUUUUAUCGUUUCCAGGCUCCUUAUUUCUGGCCUUCCAACUGCUGGGAACCUGAAAACACUGACUAUGCCAUCUAUCUCUGUAAGAGGACCAUGCAGAACAAAGCGAGGCUGGAACUGGCUGAUUAUGAAGCCGAGAACUUAGCGAGACUCCAGAGGGCGUUCGCCAGGAAGUGGGAAUUCAUCUUUAUGCAAGCAGAAGCUCAAGUAAAGAUCGAUCGGAAAAAGGACAAGACAGAAAGAAAAAUUUUGGAUAGUCAGGAACGGGCCUUUUGGGAUGUCCACAGACCAGUGCCAGGCUGUGUGAACACAACAGAAAUGGACAUCAGAAAAUGUCGGCGUUUGAAGAAUCCACAAAAGGUUAAAAAGUCCGUGUAUGGUGUGACGGAAGAGUCCCAGUCACAGAGUCCUGUGCACAUACCCAGUCAGCCAAUCAGGAAAACUACAAAAGAGGACAUUCGGAAACAGAUAACAUUUUUGAAUGCACAGAUUGAUAGACACUGUUUGAAAAUGUCCAAAGUGGCUGAAAGUUUAAUUGCUUACACGGAACAGUAUGUGGAAUAUGAUCCUUUCAUAACACCAGCAGAGCCAUCUAAUCCUUGGAUCAGCGAUGACAUCGCCUUAUGGGACGUAGAGAUGAGCAAAGAGCCCAGCCAGCAACGAGUAAAAAGAUGGGGCUUCUCUUUCGAUGAGAUACUGAAGGACCAGGUGGGGCGGGACCAGUUCCUACGGUUCCUGGAAUCCGAAUUCAGUUCAGAAAACCUCAGGUUCUGGCUGGCUGUGCAAGAUCUCAAGAAACAACCCCUACAGGACGUGGCCAAGAGGGUAGAAGAAAUCUGGCAAGAGUUUCUAGCUCCAGGAGCCUCAAGCGCCAUCAACCUGGAUUCCCACAGCUAUGAGAUAACCAGUCAGAAUGUCAAGGAUGGAGGGAGAUACACCUUUGAAGAUGCCCAGGAGCAUAUCUACAAGCUGAUGAAAAGUGACAGUUACGCCCGCUUCCUCCGGUCCAAUGCUUACCAGGACAUGCUGCUGGCCAGGAAGAAGCCAGAAAGUGAGCAAGGUCGUAGAACCUCCCUAGAAAAGUUCACUCGCAGUGUGGCUGCUCUGGCCAAGCUCUGCUGUGGAUUAGCUGUGCAUCAUGUCCGACUUGUCCUAUUACCCAGUUUUCCCAUUUCAUCCACGCCACCUUGCUUCACAAAGUGAGUAGGGGGUGACGGGAAAUGGAGAGUUGAAUGUGUUUUGAAACGAUUCUGUAUUAAGCAUGGAUGUUCCUGCCACCCCCUGCCAGACUUCCGUAGACCCCUAAACCAUUCCAAACGCAUGUCCCUCUCUCUCCCCAGUCUUAAGCACGAUGGAGGAAGGAGAUGCCAUGGGCCUUGGACUUACCAUUUAAAGCAUUCUUCUGCCUUGCUCAGCAGGGAAGGGACACCAGGAGCACCAACCCCCAGGGAGUCACCUAAUGAAGUCAGGCAGGGCUUUGGCUUCACCUGCUGAACUCAAGCCAGGACUUCUUACCUUCUUUCCGCUGGCUCUUGAGUUCUAGACUGCUCUCCUCGGCAAGCCCCCCGUAGGCCUGUACUCCUGCCUGUGCACAUCCUUUAUGAAUGUGAGCAUGAUCUAUCCACUCAUAGAUGACCUUCAAACUCCCUGAAAGGACAACCCAUCUCGGGGCCUCCCAAGGCUUGCCUGAUGACGUCACUCGGUGAGCCCUACUCUGAAAACACCAUUUUUCGUUAGCAAGUGUGAAGAUGCCUGGGUCUCACACCAGGGGGCUCUGUGUGGAUCGGUGGAGGCUAGAAAUAGUGUUCCAAAUUAGUUUAGUUUCAAGUUCCAGUUCCUAUAGCAGAGGAAUCUGGGUUACUCCCAUGCUGGAGGAGAAAGCACUGAAUUUCUCCAAAGGCAAAGAUGGGCUCAGCAAUUGAAAAAGAGUAAGAAGUGGGAAAUUCCCAGGCAGAGAUUUGACAGCUGGAAUUCCGCCCCCCACCCCAAUCUUUCUUUCUUCCUUUUGAGGUGUAAUUACAUUCGGUAAAAUGCACAGAUCUGAAAUGUAUGGUUCACUGAAUUUGACAAAUGUAUACACCCAUGUAAUCUACACCCUAUCGCCCUAGAAAGUUUCCUCCUGCCCCUUUCAAAUCAGCUCCAUCCCUCUUCCCCAGAAGCAACCACCGUUGAUUUCUAGCCUCACAGUAGCUCAGAUUUUGACUUGAUGCUUUUGAGACCUGUCGCUUUGGUCUUGGGUCAUCUGAACAAAUCAGCAAGAGAAUCUCUUCAGCAGUUCAAGUAUCUUUAUUCCCUUAGCAUUGAAAAGAGUUCUCUCUGAGCCCCUAGUGCUUGACUCUGCUGCCCCCAGUAUGCCAUCUGACCCCAGGGUUCCUCUCUGAGCACAGUCUUUGUCCCAGUUCAAGAGUUUAGCACCAGC